UACAUCUGCGUCCGGUGUGUUUCGAUCAGCUUACAUUAUUAAAGCUGUUACCAAAUUGAAACAGUUUAGGAAAAAAGAUGUUUCGAUAACAUUCAUUUAAGCCUUUUAUGCUGAUUCUGGAUUCAAAUUUUGUCGCGUGUCCGACGUGCUCACGAGCACGGUGCCUGGAGCAAGUGUCAGGCAGCGGUAGCAGGUGCCGAAUGAGUGUAUGUUGACGUUUUUUCGUGAUGGCAUCAUGCAAGACAACAACACCAUCUCCAGCAUAUAUUCAGCAUACAUAUAAAUCAGUGGCGUGAACAUUUACCGCGACUUCGUAACGUGAAGCAGAAUCUAUCAAAAUGCUAGUUAACGAAGAGGAAAACCAACUACAGGAUCUAAAGAAAAAACAAUAUGCUGAUCUACGUGAACAGUUGUUGGAAGAUAUUCUUCGCAAAGGAAACGACUCACGCCUCUCAAGGCGAUUGCAGUUAGAAAAGCAUCAAGAAAAGCUUGAGACAUCUAUUUUUCAGGAAAGAGAAAGAAAAGAUAAACAAGCAGAGAAAAGGGUAUUUGAGCAACAGAAUAAAUUCUGUGAAAAAUUCAAUGCUGAUGAAGUGAUACGUAGGGAAAAGAUGAAACAGCAACUAAGACUUGGGACCCAAGAAAUACGGGAUCUUGAGUCACAACUACGUGCCUGUUACGUUGGAAAAGGUGUUCAUGCCCAGAUGAAGGAGAAACAGUUACAACACAUUAGAGAAGAGCUCAGGGAGAAGGCUCAUCUCGAGGCGCAAAUGGUUUCAUGGAAAGAGCAGGAAGAUGAAGAUCGGAAACUGAAAGAGGAGAGUCUUCGUGAAAAAUAUGCUUUACGUUUAGCACAGCAGGAUCAAAUUGUCCAAAACCAACAACGCAAAAUUGAAGCAUAUCGAACAUUUGUACAAGAAAAGUUAAUGCUGGAUGCUGCUGUCCAACAGAUCAUCGAAGAAGACCGCAGAAACUCUGUUGCUCAAAUGCUUCGCCAAAAAGCUUGUCAGAAGGAUAUUGAGAGUUUCAUAGCUGCACGAGAAGAGUGGAAAGAAAGGCAAAAACUUAUGCAAGAAGAAGAAAAUGCUCGCAUUAAAGCAUUUGUUGAAAUGCAGACUCAAAGAGAACUCAAACUUCAACAAGAGAUUCAGAGAAAAUGGGAGGCUCAAGCUCAGAUAAAUGAUUAUCUUGCCAGGAAACUUUAUGAAGAACAGAUGCGAGACAUGGAGAAACAACAAGUGUUUCAAGAAUUGGCUGAAGAAGAAUUACGAGAAGCUCAAGAAGCUCGAAUUCGCCAAGAAUUACAUGUUGCCAUUCAAAAGCGAAUUGAUUUGCGUUUAGCCAUGGCCCACCAACAGAAAGAAAGAGUAUUGCAGCUUCAGCGGGAAGCUCAGAGGGAGCAGCAAAUGCGUCAAGAGUUGAUGGAGCAAAGAGCAAUACAAGACCGUCUUGAGCAACUUACUGCUGAACGUCGACGAAUUAAAGUUCAAGAACAUAGACAAGCUGUUGAACGUCUUCUGAAGGAGAGGAGAGUGCGCCGCAAUCUUGAACUUGAACAGAUCAUGCGAGACCAUGAGGCCCAGUUGGAGGAAGAAAAAGCCAGGGAGAAAAUGAUUGAGGAAGAGCGAAUAAAUAUUCUUCAGCAACAUGCUCAAAAUUUACUUGGAUUUAUGCCAAGAGGUCUCCUUAAAGAAGCAGAUGUCGAUAAGCUAGGAACUAACUUUAAAACAUCCCUUCAGACCCAUGCAUUAGAGGCAGAUCCAUGUGCAUGAUUACUAUGGCUCAUUCCCAAACCUUGGUUUAAAACAGUUGCACUUUAUCCAACUUGAACGACUGUUUCAUCCUCACAAUUGGAUGUCUAAUUUAUGAUGACCAAAUAACACACAACUUAAUGCA